ACGUCGAGCAUGACCACGACUAACGCACCGCUAAGCUUUGCUGGAUUGAGUCUGACUGGAAAGUCGAGAUGGUCUCUAGCCGGAAUGACUGCUGUCGUCACAGGUGGUACACGUGGAAUUGGGUUCGCUGUGGUGGAGGAACUGGCAGAGUUAGGGGCUAUGGUGCACACCUGCUCACGCAAUGAGGUUGAACUUAACCAACGCUUGCAAGAAUGGUCUGCCAAAGGCUUCACAGUCACUGGAUCCAUCUGUGACAUGUCUUCUCGUCUCCAACGGGAACAACUUAUGGAAAAAGUGUCGUCGCUUUUUGAUGGCAAGCUCAACAUCCUCAUAAACAAUGUAGGGACGACCUAUACAAAACCUACCAUAGAGUAUACUGCCGAGGACUAUACCAUUCUCAUGGCAACCAAUUUGGAAUCUUGUUACCAUAUGUCUCAACUUGCGCAUCCUCUUUUAAAGGCUUCUGGAGUUGGAAGCAUUGUGUUCAUUUCUUCUGUUGCAGGAUUAGUUCACGUUAAUGUUGGGACUCUUUAUGGUGCCGCCAAAGGGGCAAUAAAUCAACUUACAAAAAAUUUAGCAUGUGAAUGGGCUAAAGACAACAUUCGGAGUAAUUCUGUGGCACCAUGGUUUACUAAAACCCCUCUUGUUGAACAACUUCUGCAGGUUAUGGAUGAUACAAAGAAGUAUAUGGGUGAUGUGGAAUCUAGAACUCCUAUGAAACGCAUAGGAGAAGCAAAUGAAGUUUCAUCUCUGGUGGCGUUUCUUUGCCUACCUGCUGCUUCUUACAUUACUGGUCAAACGAUUGCUGUUGAUGGAGGAUUUACGGUCAACGGUUUCUCAUGAUUGCAACAUGUCGUCUUACUUGAUGUUAAGUUUCAAGACUUCAUUUUAGGCAAUUGAAUAGUUUUCAAUCUGGAAGUGUGAUUUGGAGUGCAUUUUUGAAUUAAUGCAAGUUAGUUUAAUUGGUCAUCGA